AUGUCCGACACGAACGCCCCAGCCGGAGAUUCUAAACUGGAAUUGCCCACGCCUCUCGGCUUCUGCUGGGUCGAAAUCCCCGUCAAGGACAUGAAACGUGCCCUGAAAUUCUACGGUGAUGCCUUUGGAUGGACCAGCCAGGAACAGGGCGAAGCCUGGUAUCAAAUUGUUCAAAAUGAAUUCAAAAACCUCAACGGAGCUCUCCGUCUAGUCACGGAAGAAGAACAUGUUGCUGGCACUGCAGCUCGCCAUACUAUGAAACCAUUUAUCGGUCUUCAUAGUAUCAAAGAGCCUCUAGCUAAAGUCAAAGAAGCAGGAGGAGAGAUCAUCAAUCCUGGGGAAGAGAUACCUGGAGAUAUGGGCUUCUGUGGCGAAUUUUAUGAUUCCGAGCGCAAUGUCGUUGGGGUUUGGGCGAAGAAAAUGUCACUGGACUAG